AUGGCCGGGCUCGGGGGCAGCCGUGGCCAGACAGAAAUCGAGGCCCGACAUUCCAGAGGUCGAGGCCCGUCGGACGAUGGUCGAGCGUGCGAACGUUCACCGGUCGGAGCUUGGAACUCCGGGAGAUUGUCGUUGGGCUGGGGUGAAACAAUGGCGAUGGAAAUUCACGGUGGUGACUCUCGCUGGUCGCCCACCAUGGUUCGUGAUCUUUGCGUCUCCGGCGGAUUUCGGUGGCCCACGCACGAUCUGGCUACAAACUGGUCAGAGAGACGGUACGCCGGUGACAGGAAGUUGAGGCGGGUCGCCUUGUGGUAUCUGCAAGCCGGUUGA